CUUCUCAAAUCAGUCCGUCCUUCGUCCUUCGACAAAUGGAUCUUUUAUUCCCGCACCCUCCCCAAACAACAAACAAACCCAACGUUUUCAGGCUCAGAUACCCACAGCAGCUCCCACAGCUACCCAUAGUAACUUCCACAAGAUACUAAUACAGUACUCUAGCUAGCUAGCUAGUUGAUGGGAUACCGGUAGAUAGAGGGUACGGCAGAUCAGAUAGAUUGUACUACAGGUAGUGGUUACACCAUGAGCGGUCGAGGGCGAGGCAUCAGCAACAAACCGGCCUGGAUGACCCGCGCCGAGGGCCCUGGCGGGGACAAUGGCGGCGGUGGUGGGGCUCCUCCCAUGGGCGAUCGAUACGAUGAUCGAGGCCCACCCCCUCGAGAUCGAGGCCCGCCUCCCAGACGAGGCUACGACGGUCCUCCCCGAGGUGGAGGUGGAGGUGGAUUUGACCGAGGAGGAGGAGGUGGUGGAUUUGACCGAGGUGGGCGCUACGAUGAUUUUCGAGAUCGAGGACCACCCCGUGGCGGCGACUAUCGCGGCGAACGUCGGGAUUUUCAUAACGAUCGACGAGGACCGCCUCCUCCCCGCAGAGGAGGAGGAGAUUUUGAUCAUCGCCGCGAUAAUAAUAAUCGACGAGGCGGCCCCAUUCCCAAUCACAAGAAUCCAGGAACCAUCUUUUUCAGGUCCUUUGAAGAAGAACAGCACUGGGUCGAAGAACGGCGGCGCAAACGCUUGGCACGCAAGAGCAAGUUUGAUAUCACGCCCACACCCGAACAAGCCGCGGCAGAUGCCGCCAUGGUGGCGCUGUCCAAUCCAGCCGCCACCGACUUUGCCGGAAUCAAUGCCAACGAUCGAAAUUUCAGUGCCGUGCCACAGCAGACGCGACAUGCUCGUCGACUCUAUAUUGGACAGUUGCCACCCAAUGUCACGGAACAAGAAUUGCACGUCUUUUUUAGAGAUGCCAUUGACCGGGCCAUUCUACCCAAUAGUCCAGGGACCGUCAAUGGACAAAUGCAAGAAGAUCCUAUCUUGUCCGUGUAUAUCAAUCAUGAACGAAAAUUCUCAUUCUUGGAAUUCAAAUCCGUCGAAAUGACCACGGCCUGUAUGGAAUUGGAUGGCAUUGAUAUCAACGGAAAGGGAAAGGUCAAAGUCAAACGACCCAAUGAUUACAAUCCCACCAUGGCACCCAAAGCCAAUCUGGCCGCAACGCCGCAAUUGGAUAUCAGUCGCCUCGGAAUCAUUAGUGGAACUGUCCCCGAUGGACCCGACAAAAUAUUCGUUGGCGGACUUCACUACCACUUGUCGGCUGAUCAAGUCCUAGAACUGUUGCAAGCCUUUGGGAAAGUCAAGGCGUUCCAUCUCGUCAAAAAUGACCCUGAUAGCGAAACCAGCAAGGGAUAUUGCUUUGUCGAAUACAUUGACCCUGCCGCAACCAAUUUGGCCGUGCAGGGAUUGAAUGGGAUGGAUCUAGGAGGAGGAAAAAUGUUAACAGCAAGAGUGGCUGGUGAACGUGGUGGGCAGGCACCUUCCAUGUUGUCGCCACAAGCGGAUGUCAUGGAUGCCGCUGUGUCUCCGGCGGCCAGUGGUGGAAACCUUCCCCCCAACGCCAAUAUUGUUCAUGGAUACGAUAUUGAGCUACUGGUGGAUGCGGCCAUGGGAAAAAGACCCAUGCCAACCGCUCCCAUGUACCUGGAUAGUUUCGGAAUGCCCCUCACUCGGCUGGCUCCCACUCCAUUCGCAGCAGCACCGGCGCCACAGCCACCAUCCACUCCGCAGGAAAGAAAGCCAUCAGCCCUGGAUAUUGCCAAUGCCGCAUUGGCAGCCAUAUCAGGCACUCCUGGGGCUCCUUCGCCAGGACAAGCGCCACCACCACCAGUGUCUAGGAUUCUGGUCUUGUCGAACAUGGUCACGGAGGAGGAUUUGGCAUCGGAUGACGAUUACAAUGGAUUAUGCGACGAAGUACGUGAGGAAUGCAUGAAGUUUGGUCGCCUCCAUGGAAUGCAAAUUCCUCGACGGGCAGAUGGGACUGUUCAGCCCAGCGCCAUUCUCAAGAUCUUCUUGGAGUAUGCCUCUGUUCGGGAUGCCCAAGCUGCCGAGAAUGAGCUGAAGGGGCGCAAGUUUGGUAAUAAUGUCGUGCAGACGAGUUUCUUCUCUGAAUCGGAGUAUGCAGCUGGGAGAUUGAAUUAGGAAAUGACGAUACAUGUUUCAUGCUUGUGUAACGGUGCGAUAUGUCUGUAAAAAGGAAGCUGAUGCAAGAACGAGUUGAGCGGCGGGACCGCAAUCAGGACGCUUUGGUUUGAAUGUUGAUGUGUGGCUUGGGUUGGGCAUUUCACCUGGGGAACUUUUGCUUUCUUUCGCUCUUUUCCUUCGCGCGCGCGACAGAUGAUGAAAGUGGUGGAGACGGAGAUAAAGAGAGGAGGUCUUACGAAACUUACCCUAAUCACGCCCAGACUCGGACUCUUGUCCGUUGUUGGCCGCCUCGUUGCUAAUCAUUUUGUGUGAACAUUUUUCUAGCCGCGGGCAGCAGCAGCUGUGAGGUGAUCCUUCCUUUUACAGGAGGCUGCCUGUGCUGUUGCUCGCGGUACAGCUCUUUUCCUCCUACUACUUUUUUAUCGCUGAAAGCAGUGGGUGCGGAAGCUUAGCGGAUGAGGCAAAUCAUCAGCCAUUGUUCGCUUAUUGUCGAAUGAUUGCUUGAUCUGACACAGUUUGCGUUCCCUCCAUGCGCAGCCAUGACGUCUUCCCCUUUUCUCACGUGAUUCGUCUGCUCAGCCAUUUCUUUCUGGUACGCUUUGUCAUUAGCCGACUAGCGUUGGGUUGCAGCGGGUCUUCUGCUUCCGCACUGACCCUUGAUGUCUUGGUCGUCCCAUCAUCUUCACUACUGGAGGCAAGUAUUGAGCUGUGGAGGGUACCGGUAUCGUUGAGGUACGAUGUCAAGGGAACGUCGAAGUCAAACAACCCAAUGAUUACAAUCUCGCUGCAACUCUGCAAUUGGAUAUCAGUCGCCUAAGAAUCAUUAGUGGAACUGUCCCUGACGGACCUGACAAACUCUUCGUAGGAGGACUUCACUACCAUUUUGAGUAGCAGUCCAUCCGUCCCGAUGGACCCGACAAACUCUGCUUGCAUCUCGUGGAGGAUCAAGUCCUAGAUCAUUGUACAGAGCCCUGUCUAGAAAUGGCCCAACAGGGAGAAUUCUCACUGUUACUUUCGGCCAAAAGCUCUUGGAGAAUUGAGUCCAGUCCCUCCAGCCUUCAGCGAACCAGCAUGAAAAAAGAAACGGUCCGAUGCUAGGGUUAUCAACAAGCAUUCUCCCUGUUGGGCCCAUUCUCCCUGUUGGGCCGUUCCUAGC